AUGGAAUUUUGCGCAUUUCACAGAGGUAAGCAGAAGUUGCUGAAAGCAGAAGCACUGGAACCGGGACGCGACAGUGCAACAUUUCUUCGCAAUUUUGAGACGAAAUAUCAAAAAUUUGUGGAUGCUAUCGACAGCCGAGUGGACGGAGUUUAUGCGCGAGCUGUCACGGAAGUGGUCAAAUUCUGCGAAAACGGAAAUGAUUACGAUUACGAAAGGGUUCUCGCUAAAGCACUGGAUGUGGAGCCAGUUGUCAUUACAGAUUUACAUCCACUUCCCCUGUAUGAUUUGCAACAGAUUCUACUGUUGUCUCAAGCAUUCGUUUUGCCCUUCUGUUAUCCAUAA